AUGGCAGCUCACGUAGAGAGGAGCAGAUGUUUCUCCGCAGAAGUCAAAGAGAGGAUUAAACAUUGCCAUUCGUUGUAGCCGUGGAACUGUUUCUCCUCUGCAGACAUUUUUUUUUUUUUCAUUCUACCUAUCUGACCUUGUUUUAACCUGGUCGGUGUGAUCUGAACUCCAAAUUGGAACCCAUUCCCCAGCAAGAAAAUUAACCUCGGGUUCACUGCAUGUGAGAGCAAAGGAAAGAGGGAGAAAAAAAAAGACAACACAACCCCAAAAAUCCCCGUGGGGAAUCUCACGGGUGCAAGCGAUCGUCACCCCUCACUGCGAACCAAUGAUCCAUUAUUUUUGAAGGCGGACCACUUAAUCUACAAGGACCAAUUACUGAAGCGCAGGGCAGUGGGCCAAUAUGAAGGACGUGUGGCUUGUGGAUUGUUUGUUAAUGGGGCUCGCUGUGGCGGCCUUUGUUCCAGCCUCCGCGGCCAGAGUAGAUUGCCCCAAGUCCUGUGUGUGUGAAGUCCGCCCCUGGUUCUCGCCGACGUCGGUGUACAGAGAGGGCCCCACGGUGGACUGCAACGACUUGGGGCUUUUCGAGGUCCCCGAGAGACUACCGGCGGACACGCAGGUGCUGAUGAUGCAGACGAACAACGUCGCCAAGGUGGACCGGCCUCUGGACUACCUGGUCAACGUGUCCGAGAUCGACCUGUCGCAGAACAACGUGACGUCCGUGGCCGACCUGGCCCUGGGCCGCCUGCCGCAGCUGCUCUCGCUGCACCUGGAGGAGAACUGGAUAUGCGCGUUGCCCGACGACGCGCUCUCCCGCCUCCCGAGCCUCCAGGAGCUCUACCUGAACCACAACCUGAUCUCGUCGAUCUCGCCGGCGGCCUUCCGCGGGCUCCGCGGCCUGCUGCGGCUCCACCUGAACUCCAACCAGCUCCGCACCCUCAGCAGCGAGUGGUUCGAGUCCACACCAAGCCUGGAGAUCCUGAUGAUCGGCGAGAACCCCAUCCCCACCAUCCCCGAUUUGACCUUCAGGCACCUGAGGAACCUUCGGAGCUUGGUCCUGACCCGGAUGAACCUCUCGCAGUUGCCCGACAACGCUCUGGCCGGCUUGGAGAACCUCGAGAGCAUCUCCUUCUACGACAACACCUUCCCCGAGGUUCCGCACGGCGCCCUGAGGCACCUCAAGAACCUGAAGUUCCUCGACCUGAACAAGAACCCGAUCGGGCGGAUCCAGCGGGGCGACUUUGUGGACAUGCCGCACCUGAAGGAGCUGGAGAUCAACAGCAUGCCGGAGCUGGUGUCCAUCGACAGCCUGGCGCUGGACAACUUGCCCGAGCUCACCAAGAUCGAGGCCACCAACAACCCCAAGCUGUCCUACAUCCACCCGACCGCCUUCCGGAAGCUCCCGCGCCUCGAGACGCUCAUGCUGAACGGCAACGCGCUGAGCGCCCUGCACCGGGUGACCGUCGAGUCGCUGCCCAACCUGCGCGAGGUCAGCCUCUACUCCAACCCCAUCCGCUGCGACUGCGUGGUGCGCUGGAUGAGCGCCAACCGGACGCGCGUCCGCUUCAUGCAGCCCGACUACCUCUUCUGCUCGGAGCCGCCCGAGUACGAGGGCCAGCGCGUGCGCCAGGUGCACUUCCGCGAGAUGACCGAGACGUGCCUGCCGCUCAUCUCGCCCGAGAGCCUGCCCGCCCGCCUGAGCGUGGCCAACGGCAGCGCCGUCUCGCUCCACUGCCGCGCCUUCGCCGAGCCCGAGCCCGAGAUCUACUGGAUCACGCCGGCGGGCACCCGCGUCCUGCCCAACACCGUGACGGAGAAGUACUACAUGCACCCCGAGGGCACGUUCGACAUCUACGACAUCACGGAGGCCGAGGCCGGCCUGUACACCUGCGUGGCGCACAACCUCAUCGGCGCCGACCUCAAGUCCGUCUCGGUGGAGGUCAACGGAUUUUUCCCGCAGCCGCCCAACAGCUCCUUCAACGUGGACGUCACGUCCGUCGAGGCCAACUCGGUGCUGGUGUCCUGGAAGGCGUCGCACGGCAGCCUGGCGCCCAACAUCAAGUGGUUCACCGUCUCGGGCGCCAAGAACCCCACCGUGGCGUUCACCGCCCGCGUCCCGUCCGACGUCAAGGCGUACAACCUGACGCACCUCUCGCCGGCCACCCAGUACAAGGUGUGCGUGGACGUCCCGAACGUGCUCCACACGCAGAGGUCAAAGUGCGUCAACGUCACCACGAAGAGGGUCGAAAAGGCGGCCACGGCGGUGGGAGCCGCGGCGGCGGCGCUGGCGUCCGAGCGCUGGGACGUGGUGGUCAUCAGCGUCUUCGGCGUGCUCCUCACCGCCGUGUCGGUCGCCUGCUUACUCAUCUACGUGCACCUCGGGAACCAGCAGCUCUACGGGGACCUGCGCAAGUGCCAGUCCACGACGCUGUUGGCACCGCAAGCGGCGCUGCACUCCUCCCCCUUCACCCGGCUCUGGGUGGCGGGCAGAGGCAUGCCAGGCGCGGAGGAGGUGAGAGCCACGGUCAUAAACGUGUCGGACAACGCUUUCUAAAAAUAAAACGAGAGAGAGACGCGAUGCGUUACCCACAUCAAUUAACAAAAAAAACUCUCAUAGCCACAGCCAAAUGGACAGGUCAUUGAAGGACAAGCUGCCACUACUCUCUGAAAUAACAGCGUCCCUGUUUUUUGUCAUUGUCAAACGAUGACAUUUCAGGAAACCGGUUGCAAAUGUACUUUUAUUGUGGGAUUGUUGGCGGGCCAAAACUAUAGAAGGGAACAGAAACAGGAGUUCAAACCUCUGUAAUCAUGACCCUUUUGUGUCAGUGGGCCUAAGGACUGUGGCGUCGGCUUGGGGAGCCAUUGCUGAAAUCUGGGAGUCCCAUCUCGGACUGUCUGCAGGGUUGAUCCGAGAAGCCAGUUUUGUCUCUUGUGACUGUUAAAUGUGUUAAAAGAGUAGUGGAACAGUCCUUGUGAUCCCGAGCAAUACCGUCUGUGCUGUGCAUUCAUAGACGAGUUAGACGCCACCCGUUUCAUAAAGGAAAAAAAAAACCUCCCUCGUAGAAUAGACGACAACAACGAUGACGGUGUAAAAGUUUUGAUGAGAUAUAUCUUCUUUUCUAUUUAAAGAGAGAAAUUUUGUCUUUUCAUUGCUAUAAGAAUUGUUAUAUAUUCUGUCCUGAAAAAAAAAAAAAUGUAACAGAAACAUUUACUGUGCUAUAGCCAGUCAGUAAGCUGGUGUGAGUUAUAAAGCAGAGUAUUCUCGUACCAACACACAGACACACAGACACACGCACACACGCACGCACACACACACACACACACACACACACACAAACACACAGACACACACACACACACACACACACACACACACACACACACACACACACACACACACACAAACACUCAAUCACUGACUACUACAAUCACACACACAUGCACACAUGCUUAAUAAAGUGCAAAAAUAUGUAUCUUUGGGGGAUUUUUAAGGACUUUGACAUAGCAGAGCUGUUUGAAGUUGAUAGUUUAAAUAAGUGGUGUCCAAUUAAAUGUUAAUUUGAACCUAGUCAGUCGCUGCAAUUCGAAAAAAAAAAGAAAAUAUGAACAAACAUGAUCUUUUGAGAAGUUUCCUGUGCCAGUGUAAGUGCCUACACUUUGGAUUUCAACCAGAAGAAAGGAGGAAGAGAAAAACAGUCCACUUACCAAACCCGUGAAUGUCGCCCACACACACACACACACUAACACACAAACAAAUACACAGAAAAUUGACGGAUUUCUUGGAGCAACUGCGAAAGUGAAACAGGGACAUGCCAUGUCUGCAGCUUCACGAGUCGACAUCAAAUACUUUAGUGAAGAAAAAAAAAACACACAUUACUCGCAGUAUUUUUAGCAUUCCCUUGGUUUCAAGGCAUUGCAUUCUUGCUUUGGGUGUAAAAUUAAAAGCCAUUUUUAUAUCGA